AUGAAUCUUGUUAAAGUGGCAAAAACACGUUUGCAAGCGAUGAGAGAUGAUGGUUGGGAGAUUUUGUUGACUGAAGUUUCCAAGUUUUGUAGCACACAUGAGAUAAUUAUGCUUGAUAUGGAGGAUGAAUAUGUAGCUCGAGGAAGAGGAAGACGUAGAGUUGAGAAAAUGACCAAUCUCCAUCAUUAUCGAGUUGAGUUAUUUUAUUCUGUGAUUGAUAUGCAAGUUCUAGAGUUAAAUCAUCGUUUUGAUGAAAUCAACACAGAGUUACUUUUAUGCAUGGCAUGCUUGGAUCCUAGAGAUUCAUUUUCUGCAUUUGAUGUCAAGAAGCUGGUUCGCCUUGCAAAGCUUUACCCAUCUGAAUUUUCUGAAGUAACUUUGUAUGAACUUGAAAGUCAGCUUGAGAACUUUAUUUUUGAUGUGCGCUUAGAUGAAAAGUUCUCAAAAUUAUUAGGGAUCGGAGGUCUGGCUCAAAAGAUGGUUUCUACAAGAAAACAUGAAGUUUUUCCGUUAGUUUAUCAGUUAAUCAAGUUGUCAUUGGUUCUACCAGUUGCUACAGCUACAGUGGAAAGAGCUUUUUCAGCUAUGAAGUUCAUAAAGAGUGCUCUACGCAAUCGUAUGGGAGAUAAGCUGUUAAAUGAUUGUCUGGUAUCUUACAUCGAAAAAGAUGUAUUUGUAAAUGUUACUAAUGAAGCGAUUAUGCAGCGGUUUCAAAACAUGAAAAAUAGAAGGGAAAUGUUAUAAUGGUAGGAAAUUUAUUUUUAUUUUUGUAAUACUGUAGUGCAACUAAAGCAAUAUUGUGAUUUUAUUGAGAUUGUUAUUUAUUCGGAGUCUUCUAUA